AUGUUGAGACCAUUGUUCCAUAUAUCAGUGGUGGCCAUAAAUUCCUUCGUUCUGUGCUAUGAUCAAUUAUACAUAGAUCUACCCAUGCCUAAUAAGGCUAUGGAAAAGCUGCCUUUAAGGUCAAGGAGCAUGUUUUUAACUAUUUGGUGUUUAAUACUCCAAACAGUAUACCACUUCAUCGCGUUUUUGAACGACAUCGCAGGCUCGAACGCGCCUUCAUCCAAGAGGCCUCCUAUAAUCCGACGAAUUAAAGACGUCUUAUUCACUCUAUCAUUUUGCGUAGCAAUCUACGUAUCUUUUGCAUUUUGGAGCAUAUACGCCAUAGAUAAAGAACUUAUAUUUCCAGACCACAUCUCUAAGUUAUAUCACCCAACACCUGCGUACGUACCUGGUUAUGUAGGACUCACCCAGAAAAGCCAGUACUACCCACUAAAACCCAAUCGCCCCGAUGCGCCCACGCCGGCUGGAUUGCCGAACGCUAAUAAGCCCCACACCACAAGG